AUGGCUGCCACUGCCAGCGCCGUCAAUGUCAGCGAACGAACACCUCUCCUCCUCAUACGCCCAUCCUCCUCCUCCUCCUCCUCUUCAAGUUCUUCCUCCUCCUCUUCAAGUUCCUCCUCCCCGACCCUACCGCCCCUUCAAUGGUCCCAGAUCUACAUAAUCCUCCUCCUCCAGCUCUGCGAGCCCCUCACCUCCCAGUCCAUCUACCCCUACAUCAACCAGCUCAUCCGCGACCUCGGCGUCACCCGCGGCGACGAGCACAAAGUCGGCUUCUACGCCGGCCUCGUCGAGUCGCUCUUCUUCCUCACAGAGGCUUCAACCGUCCUGUACUGGUCCCGCGUAUCCGAUAGGAUAGGCAGGAAGCCUGUGCUGCUCGUUGGCCUCGCGGGCUUGAGUGUCUCGACGCUGGGGUUCGGGAUGGCGCGCACGUUUGCGGGGAUCGUGGUGAGUCGAUGUAUAUGCGGCAUGUUGAACGGCAAUAUCGGAGUCAUGAAGAGCGUCAUGGGCGAGCUCACGACCCCCGCCAACCGCGCAGAGGGCUUCGCGCUCAUGCCCGUCGUGUGGAGUGCCGGGGCGACGUUGGGGCCCCUCAUCGGCGGCGGCCUCUCCAAGCCCUACGACCGCAUCCCCCUCCCCUUCUUCCGCACACACUUCUGGCGCGACCACCCGUACUUCCUGCCCUGCGCAGCCGUCGCCCUCUGCGUCGCAGCCGCAUGGGGCGUCACGGCGCUGUUUUUUAAAGAGGUGCGUACGUGUGUUGUGAGACUUUGUCUACGCGCGUUCGUUAUGAGCUGCGUAUUCAUGUUCAUAACCGCCGCUGCGCCCCCGCACGCACUGGGCGCGACGAAUGGGCUCGCGCAGACGGCUGUGUCGGUCGCGCGGGCGGUGGGGCCCGUGACGGCGACGUCGCUGUUCAGCGUGUCGUUGGGGUGGAGAUAUCAGUAUGAGUAUAAGCACGCUCGUGCUCGUGGGGUGUCGGGGUUGUAUGGUUGCUGUGAGGGGGGCGGGGGCGGUGUUGAGGAAUGGGGUGCGUGGGUGGUGGGGAUGCUAGGCGCGAAUAUGGUGUAUGUGUUUGUUGUGGUGCUGUCGGGCGUGGCGGUGUGGGUCGGUGGGAUGCUGCCGGAUACGCUGGAUGAGGCGCCUGAUGGGGAGGACGGUGUGUGUGGAGUAGGAGGAGUAGGAGUAGGGGAGGGAGAAGAGGAAGAGGGGGGUAAGGGCGAGGAGGCGUGA